AUGGGGAACGCGGCGGCGGACGGUGGUCCGCGGGCGCUGCGGGCCCUCAUCGGCUGUCUGCUGGGCGCACUGGUACUGGGCACGCUGGUGGGCAAUGCGCUGGUGUGUCUGGCCGUCCUGCGCUUCCGCCACCUGCGUGCCAAGGUAACCAACUGGUUCGUGCUGUCCCUGGCCGUCUCGGACCUCUGUGUGGCGCUCCUGGUGAUGCCCUGGAAGGCGGUCACUGAGGUGGCUGGCGGCUCCUGGCUUUUUGGCAGCCGCUUUUGUGACACCUGGGUGGCCUUCGACAUCAUGUGCUCCACUGCCUCCAUCCUCCACCUCUGCAUCAUCAGCCUGGACAGGUACUGGGCCAUCGCCAGCCCCUUUCGCUAUGAGCGCAGGAUGACACAGCGCCUCGCUUGUGCCAUGAUAGCCACAGCCUGGGCCCUCUCCAUCCUCAUCUCCUUCGUCCCAGUGCAGCUACACUGGCACAAAGCCAAGGACAGGAGAUAUCCAGGUUCCUGGAGGCCCGGCACACCCCACUGUGAUGUCAGCCUGAACCGCACUUAUGCCAUCACCUCCUCCCUGAUCAGCUUCUACAUCCCUGUGGCCAUCAUGAUCAUCACCUAUACCAGGAUCUACCGAAUUGCCCAGGCACAAAUCCGCCGCAUCUCCACCCUCGAGCGAGCAGGGGGGCAGUGGCCAGCUCCUGGCAAGGAGCCCACCCUCUCCUUGCAGAGUUCCCUCCGCAAGGAGACCAAGGUGCUACAGACUCUCUCCAUCAUAAUGGGAGUCUUUGUUUGCUGCUGGUUGCCUUUCUUCUUACUCAACUGUCUGCUGCCUUUCUGCCAGCCCAAGCUGAAGUCAGACCAUGAAGGACAGUCACCCUGCGUUGGCCAAACCACAUUCAACAUCUUUGUGUGGUUUGGCUGGGCCAACUCCUCGGUGAAUCCAGUGAUCUACGCUUUCAAUGCAGACUUCAGGCGUGCUUUCAGCAACCUCCUGGGCUGCCGGCACUUCUGCUGUGGCACACCCAGAUCCACUGUAGAGAGGGUCAACUUCAGCAAUGAGCUUGUUUCCUGUCACCAUGACACCACCUGCCAGAAGGAAGGAGCUGCCUCAUCAUCAGUAGCCCCCACUGCUGUCACUGCCUGGGUGCAGCCCAUACAUCAUGCCAAAAACCCUCAGAGAGAGCACAGCAGUAAGGAGAUACAUAUGGUGAAGACAUCUGUGGCUUCUCAGACACAGGCUGCCCCUGACAGCAGCCCCAAGACUCAUCAGAUGCCAGCUAUUUUACAAUCGUAUUGUGAGGCAGAGCUAUCCUUGGAAACUGUUGUCCCCUGUACAGGGCUUGGUUGUUAUGAGGGACCCCAUCACCCUGUUCCAGAAGAAUAAGUGAUUAUAACUCAUCACACAGGGUGAGUUCACUCUGCCUCCGUGUGAACUAUGCCUAUUCCUCAGCAAAGUCCUGCCCCAGAGGGAUGAGAGCCUGCUGCUCUUACACCAGAGGGGUGAUGGGCAUGUGAAGUCCAUUCCAAAAGCACAUAGCUGCCAUAUGUUAGCUCUUCCCAUGGCCACCUUCACCCCUUACUGGUUUUCAUAGCCAGUAGUCAUUUUCUAUGCAUUAGCUCACCCUCAUUCUUCAACCAAAUGUGAUAUUUACUUAGAAUAGUGAAAGAAUUAGAUAAAUAAAAGCAACUCAUAGUUUGAGACUAUUACAUAAUUUCAUAUUGACAAGUUAGAUUUAGCUUCAUCACUAAAACCCAUUUCCCCCCCCUUUCAUGGUUUCACAUCAUACAUGUACAUAGUUCUGUUGGAUUUUACUCCUGUGCUUAUUUUAAAGCUGCAUGUGUGGAUUUACACAUUUGAAUCUGUGUUUAUGGUCUUAAAUAAAAAUUCCUGUAU